AUGCAUGGAUACCUGCAUACCACAGUGAAUGUCACUCAGGAGCCGUUCACGCUCAGCCCCUCUCAGAUGCAAUACGUCUCGACGACGCAGCCUUUCUACUAUUCGCCCCGCGCGAACCUUGUUGACUGGAUGCCGGACCGCUACUUCGCGCUCGCAGUGCCCGUCGUGGCGUACUGGCUCUCCUCGCUUACCUUCCACAUGAUGGACACCUCCGACUGGAAGUGGCUCGAGAAAUACCGUAUCCACGACUCAGCCGAGGUCAAAACGCGGAACCUGGUUACGCGUUGGCAGGUCAUCAAAGCCGUCCUGCUGCAGCAGGUCGUGCAGACCAUCAUUGGUAUUUUCUGGAUGGAGGAGACAGUGUCGGGCGCGGGCGUCGACCAUGUCGGCAACAUGCUGCGGUUGGGACCCUCGUUGGCGCGUGUGCUGACUUGGACGGUCGGCGAGAAGACGGGCGGACGGUUGCUUGACACGGACGGAGGGGUGUUGCUGUACUACCUGUAUUGGUGGGCACUCCCCGCUGCCCGAUUUAUCUUCGGCAUGUUCAUCAUCGACACUUGGCAGUACUUCCUCCACCGCGCGAUGCACAUGAACUCGUGGCUGUAUAAGCAGUUCCACUCUGUACAUCAUAGACUGUACGUGCCGUAUGCUUUCGGCGCUCUGUACAAUCACCCGCUAGAGGGGCUGCUUUUGGACACGCUGAGCGGUGGCCUUGCGGAGCUGAUCUCUGGCAUGACGACGCGGGAGGCCAUCGUCCUAUUCGCUGUGUCGACGCUGAAGACGGUGGACGAUCACUGCGGCUACAAGAUGCCCUUCGAUCCGCUGCAGGUCAUCACUAGCAACAAUGCAGACUACCACGACAUCCAUCACCAGGCAAGUUUGUUGCCUAAUGCCCGCAGCAGCGCUCUGAUGUUCUAUGUGCAGGUUAUCGGCAUAAAGUCGAACUUUGCCCAGCCUUUCUUCGUUCAUUGGGACACUAUCCUUAGAACGCGCAUGACGCGCAAGGAUAUCGAGAUGCGCCGUCAGCAACAGAAGAAGUCCUUGUAG